AUGCGUGUCUCUGUCUUCACCGCUGCCCUUGUGGCUACCCCAGUUCUCGCCUACCCUGGAAUGAGGAACACUCUUGCCGAGAUCCAAGCUCGUGAGAACAAAUCAAACAGUGGAAAAUCGACUGAGCUUUUGGGCGACCUCGCCAGUCUAGAUGACUCGAAGCUCACUUCAGUUGGGAAAAAUAUCAAACAGCUCCUAACUGGUUCUGGGAACGCACAGAGCGAUGCUGCGUAUCAGAAUGAUCAAAAAAGCUCGAUACCUGUGCAUCCUCGAGACUACAGCUACGAAGGAAGUGGGGGUGCCGGUGGCGUACCAUCCGAUGGUGGGAAGUCCUACAGCGGAGCCCCUCCCCCUUCUGGUGGUGGCGGUGCCACAGCGCCUGGCGGAGGGUAUCCUUCAGCUCCACCAGGCAGUGGUGGUCCUCCAAGCUCAAAGGGGGACAAGCCAUCAUCUCCCGGCGGCACUCCUCCGGCCCCAGGAGGUGGAUCUUACGGCGGCGCCCCUCCGGCUCCAGGCGCUGGGGGUCCACCAAGCUCAAAAGGGGACAAGCCAUCGUCCCCCGGCGGCACUCCUCCGAUCCCAGGAGGUGGAUCUUACGGCGGCGCCCCUCCGGCUCCUCCGGCUCCAGGCGCCGGUGGUCCUCCAAGCUCAAAAGGGGACAAGCCAUCGUCCCCCGGCGGCACUCCUCCGGCCCCAGGAGGUAGCUCAUGCCCACCCAAAGACACCCCUGCUUGUGCUGCCGACACCUGUUGCAUCUGGAAAUACAUCGCCGAUGACCUCGCGACGACAUUCAGGGGUGAGUCAGGACGAUGCACCGACUUUGCUCGUGCUGCCAUCCGUCUUGGGUUCCAUGAUGCUGCCGGUUGGUCGAAGGGAACUGGCAACCUUGGAGGAGCUGACGGCUCUAUCAUCCUCGCCCCGUCAGAAAUGCAACGCGUUGAAAACAAGGGCCUGGAGGAAAUCGUGGAGCAAACCAAAGCCUGGUUCAAUAAGUAUCAGCAAUAUGGCAUCGGAAUGGCAGACCUUAUCCAAUUCUCUGCCAACGUCGCGACUGUCGUUUGCCCCUUGGGCCCUCGCGUCCGUACUUUUGUUGGACGAAAGGACUCAUCAGUUCCGGCGCCCCCCAACCUUCUUCCUGACGUCAACAGCCCAGCUGACGCACUAAUCGAGCUUUUUGGAAACAAAACCAUCAGCUCAUACGGACUCAUUUCGCUCAUUGGGGCUCACACAACCAGUCAGCAGCGCUUUGUCGACUCAGCCCGCGCAGGAGAUCCCCAGGAUAGUACCCCGGGCGUUUGGGAUGUCAAAUUCUACUCUGAGACAAUCGGAAACGCCCCGGCGCGCGUGUUCAAGUUUAAUAGCGACAUUGCACUUUCAAAGUAUCCAAGCACCAGCGCCCAGUUCAAGGCUUUUGCUGGUCCAGGUGGGCAGUCUGCGUGGAACGACGGUUACGCCCGUGAAUACGUCCGACUUUCUCUCCUUGGCGUCUAUAACAUCAACGACCUAACAGAAUGUACAAAGGCACUGCCUGCCCGCUGGGCUCCAUCUGGCUUCACUGCUUCUGACCAGGGCAACGUCGACACGUGGCUGUCAACCAAGGGCCCCGUUCCUAAAAUUCCUGACGAGAUCAGAAAAGGCAAGUCCAUCGGAAAGCCUCCGCCCCCUGCCGGUCCCCAAGGGCCCAAUGGCAACUCUUCUCCACCAUCACAGGGUUCAAAAGGGGGUAGUGGCGGUGGCAGUGGCGGUUAUGGUAACUAA